UGAUAUGAAGAAGGUAAAGCUGUGACAGUGGGAAUUAAACAUAAAAAUAACCCCGGUGACGACAAGAAUAUUUACCCUUAUGCCCUCAGCUACCGGAACUGUGAAGCAAAAUAAAUAAAGUACUUUGGAUUUGUGUGGAUGAUAUUACGUGAAACAUACUUCCAGAAGAACUACAUAAUAGAAGUCCUCUUUAAAAGUAGUAGAAUAGAUUAAAACAUGCAAUGAAGUUCCCAAGAAAUAUUCAGUCGCUGUUGCUGCAAGAAAAGGAGGAAAUAACCCCAUAGGGCAACAGAAGGGUGGGGCGACUAUGCCCAGUAAUGAAGAAUGCGGGAUCCGAGAUGUUUGGGGUCAUAAUCUCGAAGAAGAAUUUCGAACAAUUCGGCAAGUCGUGCAGCAGUAUCAAUAUAUUGCAAUGGACACUGAAUUUCCGGGAGUAGUUGCUAGACCCAUUGGCGAAUUCAGGACUAGCGCAGAUUAUCAAUAUCAGUUAUUACGAUGUAAUGUAGAUCUCUUGCGGAUAAUCCAACUCGGACUUACAUUUCUCGACGAAUCGGGAAAUACACCUGGCGGUAGUUAUACGACAUGGCAAUUUAAUUUCAAAUUCAAUUUACAAGAGGAUAUGUAUGCGCAAGAUAGUAUAGAUAUGCUGCAAAACAGUGGUAUACAGUUUAAAAAACACGAAGAAGAGGGUAUUGAUCCGUUAGAUUUUGCCGAAUUAUUAAUGACAUCGGGAAUUGUUCUUGUUGACGACAUAAAAUGGCUAUCCUUUCAUUCUGGUUACGAUUUUGGCUAUCUAUUGAAACUUCUUACAGAUCAAAAUUUACCCCAAGAAGAAAGUGAAUUCUUUGAACUUCUUAGGAUAUAUUUUCCAACAAUAUAUGAUGUAAAAUAUUUAAUGAAAUCUUGCAAAAAUUUGAAAGGAGGCCUACAAGAGGUAGCAGAGCAAUUGGAAAUUCAAAGAGUUGGUCCCCAACAUCAGGCUGGUUCUGAUUCGUUACUUACGGGAAUGGUUUUCUUUAAAAUGCGAGAGAUGUUUUUUGAAGAUAAUAUUGAUGAUGCGAAAUAUUGUGGUCAUUUAUAUGGUUUGGGAACAUCAUUUGUCGUAAACGGUUCAGGUGGAUACCUAGACAGUAAUGGAGAUAAUUCUUCGUCUUCGUAAUGUUAAAAAGUACCACAUCUCAGUCGCAACAGAUUAUUUCAUUACAAAUAAAAUGUUAUAAAUAAUGUUUCACUUAAUGGUCAAGCGUAUAGUUCAUAUCCACAAUAUUACAUUCAAACCACUGCUGUAGAUUAAAAAAUAUUACUACUUGAAAAUGAAACUAUAGGAACAUUUUUUCAUAUUUGUGCAUUUUUUGUAUCCUUCAAUUUGAGUCUUUCGUAGGUUUCUUCUGUGAUACGUGCUAUUAAUCGAGAACAUUUACAAUACUGUGCAACAUAAAAUAUGUAAUAUAAUUCCCUUACAAGCGUUUGUGACAAUAUUGGUAUACAAGAUACAAUUGCAGUACAAAAGAAAAAAAAGGAAACAAAUCUACUUUUAAGUGUUUUGCAAAAUCUCUUUUGGGAUAUAGAAGGUUGACUAAGAAUAAUGCAAAAAAAAAACAAAAAAAUUAAGAAAAACAAGUGCAAGAUUGCAUUGUUUAAGUACAUUUAUCACUGUUCAUAUGUACAUUUAUCAUGCAAUGCAUUUAUAGAUCACUACUUUUUAUGCCUGAUAAUUCCUUAUAAUUAGUGUUUUAAAUAUUCAUCAAAAUUACGCUUUGUGCAAUUUUAGAUCAACGGAAUAAAAUGUUGCGUAGUAUUUGAGAAACAUAUUCUAUAAUUCUGUUAUCCUAUUUUGUAGAUACAAUCAGCAAGUAAUUACUUCUUCAUUUUUUUACAUUAUUUUUCAGGUAGUAUUUCUCUUACACGUACUUUUUAUUGUGAAACAAAUUAGUAACGUGACUAGGAAGAUCUUUUGCCACACUUCAAAAAUGAAUAUCGUAAAAUAUAUUUCUUUUGUAAAUAACACAUCGUUCCGAAAAUACAAUAAACAUCUUAAAUAAAA